AGCCUCGCCUGCUUGCCCGCAGAGAAGAGGGCGCGUGCCUCUCCGGCGUCCGGGUCCGGACCUUCUCCGGGGCGAGGCAGGGGGAGAGGGGCGCGGGGACGAGCCCCGUGGACUUUGCUGCCCCCUGGGCGGAGAGACGCAGCCGCUUCCUGGUUUAAAGAAAGGGCUUCUGAAAUGAAUUGGUGGUUCACCAUCCCUUACAGUCUGCAGAAGUGACAGGUGACCUGGGGUUGACUGUUGAUUCUUGGGCAGAGAUUGAAUCCCCCGUUGACCUUUCCCACGAGGCCUAUGGAUCCCUCUGCUCUCCUUUGUGUGGAGAAGCCUUCUGCCCAUGCUAAUUCUCCUGUUCCCCAUAUUCUCCAAAGACUGGAGGAAUCCCGGGCUCGACUUUUGAAUCCUAUCCGUCUUCCAGGAUCAUGGCAGAAGGAUGUGGGUGAGGCAGAGACCCUUGGUUUGGCGUGCAUGGAAAGCUUGUGGAAAGGCCCAGCGGGAUCUAUGGAGAGCGACGAUGUCGCAGAGGCCAGACAGAUGUUGGAAAGAAACAAGAACCAGGAACGAAGCAGAUUAAUGAUAUCUCAAUUUAUGCAAAUCAGGGCUAAGAAAUCGCUCUCGUACUGUGCCUUCUCUCGGCCGAACUUGCUGUGGUUGGAAAACCCGCUCCUAAGAGAGCCCCCAUCAUCUAGACUUACUUUUCCGGGGCUGGAAGAAUCCAGAGCUCGCCUGUUGCUCCCUGUUGUUCCAUCAGAUCUCCCUCUGGAUUCUUCAGAGCUUUUGAAAGCUUUCUCACUCCAUCCCUGGCAAAAACUCUGCGCCACUGGCUUGCCACCAGAUUGUAGAGUUUGGGAGGAGGCUUCUGGAUCCUGCCAUGAACUGGAGGAUCUCCAGGAAGAAGAGGAUGAGAUGGAUACAUUCAGUGGCAUCCCAGGAUAUGUUCUCACAAUGCCAGAGGAUGAGUUGGAACAGUCACAGGAGGAGGAUGACACCCUGUUGGCGGAGAUACAGGAGGAUGUUGAAGGGCUAGCUGUGAAAGAGCAGAAACUAAUGCUCUUGAGCUUGGUCUGCUGCUCACUGGUGGAAGGGGCAACAUUUGGGAAUCCUCCAGGGUUGCUGCAGCAGGAACUGAUGAAAAUAUGUAAGAGUCUAGCAGAAUGUGAACCUGAAUUCAUCCUCAAGGUCGCCCUAUAUGCUCGCCAAGAACUGAACAUCCGCAGUACAGCUAAUUUCCUCCUGGCGUUGGCGUCCUUCCUCCUGCCCUGCCGCCCACAUCUGCGGCGCUAUUUCUGCCAUGCAGUGCAGCUCCCGUCGGACUGGAUGCAGGUAGCCAGGCUCUAUCAGAGCCUAGCAGGGGAAGAAGGAACUCUGGCUCCCAUGCCUUCCUGCCUCCGCGCUGGAAUGGCUGAUAAAUUCCGGCAGUUUGAUGCCUAUCAGUUGGCCAAGUACAACACGCGCAAGUGCCAGGGCAAGAAACGUCAUAAGCCAAAGACUACAAAGCCUAGGACUACACCUUGGGAUAACUGGAAAAAUCACAGACUAGGUCGGAACAAAGACUUUGCAUCAAAAUGUGAAACCUUGCAGAAAACAUUUCGAGAGAGCUUGGAUUCGAAAGAGAAAGCAGCUGCCAAAGACUGCUUCUCCCUGAAGAAUUUGAUCCACCGCCUUCACAUCUCUGAGCCAGCUCAGCACGUUAUGAGUCUCUUGGGACGGAGGUACCCCUCGGAUCUGCCCACCUUUUCCCGAAGUCAGUUGCCAGGGCUCUGGGACCCGACCCUUGCUGGCACUCGCAUGAGAUUGCCACUGCCCCAGACUUGGGAACGAGAGCUGAGCCACCGUGGGAACAAGGCAGCUGCCUGGGAAGACCUGAUCGAUGCAGGGAAGCUGCCCUUCAUGGCGAUGCUACGGAACCUGCGCAGCAUUCUGAGGUCUGGGGUCAGCGAGAGGCACCAUAUAUGUCUCCUAAAGCGCUUUGAGGAUAAGGACUCUGUCAUCCACAGCAGGCAGCUUCCUUUUCGGUUCCUUACAGCGUACAAAGUCAUUUUGGACCUAGAAAAAGACCUUAAAAAAAAGGACGAGCCCUUUCCAUGUAACAGAGAGAUCAUCACGAAGAUCCUAAAGCAAAUGAAACUACCAGCAGAGUUUGGAAAACCCCGAUACCUGCGUGGCUGCAUGGAAGUCCCGCUAAUUUUCCAGAUGGUGAAGAAGGAGAAGAAGAAACUGCUUAAAUCCAGAGACCUGCACUACACCCACGACCUCCUGCAACGCUACCGUCAGGCUCUAGAGACAGCAGUUGGAUUAUCAGUUCGGCAUAACAUAGCCCCCAUUCCUGGACGAACUCUCAUCUUGAUCUCCUGCUGCUAUGUAACAGGAAGACCUUACGUUCAAGGCCGAAGUAUAUUUUGCCCCACUUCUGCCCAGAAGGACCACAGUGAACAGAAGAAUCCCGUAACGGUCCGAGACAUGGCCAUGUUGCUGAGUUCCAUGACAUAUUCUGUCUGCGAACAGGCUAAGGUCUUCCUCUGCGAGCGUGAAGUUAUCUUGGGGGCUAUUGCCAUGACUGGCUCUGUGCUGAAGGAUGUGCAAACCUUACAGGAUUUGAGCAAGUCACAUUACAGUGGUGAAGAUUGGUCAGCAGUGGACAUCAUCAAGGAUUUCCUGACUCGGAGGGAACAUGUGGAUACGAUUCUCAUGCUAAGCAGUGACGUUGAGGAGCUUGGCAACUCCUGUCUCCAGCUGUAUCGCCAUCACGUGGCCCCAGACUGCCUUUUCAUCAACAUCUGUGCUGACCCAACGGAAAAGAGAACUUUUAAAUCCAGAAAGGACGUGGUAAUACAUGGUUUCAGCGAGCAAAUGUUCAGGUUUAUGGCUGAAUGUGGCGAUUCCCGAUUCUUGGAGCAUGUUGGAAAGGCUGACGAGAUCCACGGCUUGCCCAAGCAACGGCGAACAGUGACAGCUCAGCAGGGAGCUGGCGUUGUGCCCUGGAUACCUGCCCCGCAGAGCAGGUGGUGCUCUGUAAGGAUUUUUGUUUCGUCUACCUUCCGGGACAUGCACGGUGAACGUGACCUGCUCAUCCGCUCUGUUUUUCCUGAGCUUCGUGCACGAGCAGCCCAGUUCUGCAUAGCAAUCCAGGAGAUAGACUUGCGCUGGGGGAUCACAGAGCAUGAGAGUCGGCAGAACAAGCAGGUGGAGUUGUGUCUGUCAGAAGUCUCACAGAGUUUCCUCUUCAUCGGAAUCCUCGGGGAGCGGUAUGGCCAUGUCCCGAAAGAGAUUUCCUUGCCGGAUGAGCCUCAGUAUGAAUGGGUGAAAACCUACCCAGCAGGCCGCUCCAUCACUGAGUUGGAGGCUGUUCAAUUCCUGAGUAAUCACCCCACGGCAGGAUCUAGGACAUUCUUCUAUCUCCGAGAGCCGGACUUUCUUGGCUCUGUGCCAGAAGCGUGGAGGAAAGAUUUUGAAGCUGAAUCAGAGGAAGCUGCCCAACGCAUGGCAGACUUGAAGGAACAUCUCAGGAAACAUGGAAGCUUGGCUGCCUUUAGCAACUACUCCUGUCAGUGGGGUGGAGUAGCCCAAGGUCAGCCUUACGUGAAAGGCCUUGAAGAUUUUGGCCACAGAGUCUUGCAGGACGUGUGGAAAUGCCUCCAGUGUGAAUUAAUAGAGGGACGUGAAUGUCAAUUCACAGCAGAGGAAGAGGAAGAGGAAGUAAGCAUUCUGCAAGAAUCUUUCCAGGAACUGCAGCAGAAAAGAUUUUGUGCUCGGACAAAGCUUUUGAAGACCACAACUGCUCAGUUGCGUGGGGGCAGGCUUUAUGUUGUGAGCAGUGAGCCUGGCCAAGGAAAGACAGUUUUCUUGGCAGCACUUGCAAAGAACCUCAGGUUGUUGGUCCCGCCAGAAGGAGAAGGCCCUCCUCCCUGUUACCAUGUUGUGGCCCAUUUCACCAAGGCGGGACCCAAUCAGGCCGAAGCCCAGGUCAUGCUGGGUCAUAUCUUUACCGUGCUGAGGAAGUUGCUGAAGAAGCCUCAGACUCCACCCCGAAGCUACAGAGGGCUGGUGGCCCAGUUUGAAUGCCUUCUCUAUGCGGUGGCCAAGUUGCUGAAACGGGGCCAGACUUUGGUACUUUUGAUUGAUGAUGCUGACUUGAUCCAUGCUGCCAGAGGAGAGCUGGUAUCUGACUGGCUACCUGAACAGAUGCCCCAGCGAGUCAGCCUGGUUCUCAGUGUCUCUCAGGAGUCAAUGCUCCUUGAAUCUCUUAAGCAACGGAAGGAUGCCAUCUUCAUUCCCCUUGAGCCUUUGGCCCUUCCAGACCGAGCUGCCAUCGUCCGCAGAGAUUUGGCCCUGCAUGGGAAAAAGUUGGAGGAGUCAGCUUUUAAUAACCAGAUGCGGCUUGUGCUCAUGAAACGUGGCUCUCGGCAACCUUUAUACCUGAGCUUGCUAACCCAGGACCUGCGGCUUUUUACCCAAUACGACAAGCUCUCGGAGCGGAUCCAGAAACUUCCUGUCUCUCUUCCGCUGAUGAUACAACACUUGUUGGGUUGCUUGGAGCAAGAUCAUGGGCUAGAGCUGGUUGCUGUCAUUCUGGUGUCUCUCUGGGCCAGCAGAGAUGGACUAAUGGAACAAGAUCUCUAUUCAAUCCUUGCUAUCUGGAAGGAAUUGAAUGGGGCCAGCAUAACCUUGGAAAAAGCUAUUAUUGCUGGAAGACAUGUGGGCAGCUUCCCCACAGCCCUCUUCUUUGACCUUCUGCGGAGCCUGAGGGGUCUUCUUCGGGCGUGUGGCUCCCCGUCAGAGCUCCCAGGUUCUCGGCUGCAGCUCUGUGGCAGCCCCAUGAGGGUGGCAGUAGAACGGCGCUACUUGAAAAAACCGGGCCUGGACCACACCGCUCAUAUGCUCUUGGCAGCUCACUGGUGGAAACUUUCAGACCCAGAUGGUUCCUGGACCUUCCAGAAGUCCAAGGCAGAGGCCCUGACUGCUCUGCCACACCACUUGGUCCAAAGUGGGCAUUUGGAUGCUCUGGCUUCUUUCUUGACUGAUUUGAAGGUUAUCAGAGCACAUCUUCAUCUGGGCCUCCUGCAUAGCCUCUCCAAAGCCUACGCACUCUCUGCAACAGCUGCUGGCUCAGAGCCCAAUGAGGCAGUCAGCUCAUUCUCCGACUUUUUGCAAAGAAACUUUGGGCUGCUUUCCCAGAAUCCUCUACUGCUCCUGCAGCAGGCGGCUAAUGAACCCCAUUCCUCAGACCUCUGCUUGCAAGCCCAGGUGGUGCUCCGGAAGUGCAGGAAACCUUUCCUGAAAUGGAUUAACAAACCUGAGAAGGUCCAGCAAACCAAGAGUCUCAUUUUGAACCUUCCUUCCGCUCCUUCUUCUGUUUCUCUUGCUCCUUCGGGAAAACUGGCCAUUGUGGGUACUGCAGAGGGGACGUUGCACCUCCUGGAGAUGAAGACUGGGCAGGAACAGAAAUCUUUGUUGAGUGUGUGCGAUGGAAUCUCAGCCUGUGCAUUCUUGUCAGAAACAACCGUUUGUCUCGGAGCCUUCAAUGGACGCCUUGAACUUUGGAGCCUGAGGGAAGGAUGCAGAAUCCUCGGUGUGGAUGCUCACAAGGCCCAGAUUACAGACUGCUGCAUCGAUUCAGAUUGUAAACUGUUCGCUUCAGUGUCACUCGAUGGCACUCUUAAGCUUUGGGAAUCUGCAUGUGGACAUGUGCUCCACCAGUGGGACUUCCCGUGCCCUUUGAACUGCGUGACUUUUCAUCCAGAGGAUCAGUUGGUGGCUACUGGUGGAUGGGACAGAUCCGUCACCAUCUUGGAUACAAGUGGAAGAAGCAAGAUCUCGGUGAUGAAGGAUCAUGAUGCCUCCAUCCAUUCCAUUUCCUUCUCUUCCACUGGGAAAGUUUUGGCAGUGGGUACUUUAGCUGGUUCCAUCACCCUCUGGUCGUGGCAGGAGGCCACCAUCCUGGGUUCAUUCAUGGCUCACUCUGGCUGUGCCUCUGUGGCUCAGUUCCUUUCUGAUGGAAAACUUCUUACAGCAGGAGAAGACUGCAAGGUCCAGAUUUGCAAAGGCCACUUGGGGCAAUUUUGGAGCACUUUAGGAUCAGGAGCUUUUUCUCCGGCCCUGUGUAUGGCGCCAAAUCUUGAUGGCAGCCGACUGGCUGUGGGACACCACCAGGAUGGCAUCUGGAUCUACAGCCAACCUUGGCGCUUUAAGACAAGCCCCACUCACUGUCAAGGAAGCGGCGUGGCCGUCUGUAGCCUGGCGUGGUUACACAAUGUAUUUCUGGUUGCGGGCCUUGGCAAUGGGUCCCUUUGUGUCUGGAAGACUUUGGAGACUAGCUCUGCCUGCUGUCAUCAGUUCAAGGGUCAUGAUAAAGCUGUGAUGGGCCUUGCAGUGUCUAAGAAACUGGUGGCUUCUGUCUCAGAGGAUUUCACUGUUGGGCUGUGGCUUUCAGAGACCCUGACACCAGGCCCUGCCAUGGAUGCCGGCAUCUCACCCCUCUCCAUCCUCCGUGGUCACACUUCUGGGGUGACCUGUUGUGCCUUCAGCCUUGAUGGCAGCUAUCUUGCUACUGGAAGCAAAGACCGGGCCUUGUUUCUAUGGGAUGUCAGGGACCCUCUUCAGAAGACUCCCUCUCUCUUGUGCUCCCUGCUUUUCUGCCACCAGGACUGGAUUUCCACCUGUGCUUGGAUUGGCACCAUGCUGCUCUCGGGCUCCAACGAUGGUACUGUUCGUCUCUGGGAUCCUACAACUAGGCAGUGUGUCCAGGAAUUCCUGGGACACCAAAGUCCAAUCUGUGGUGUCACAAGUGAGAAAAAUCACGUCAUCUCCAUGGGCAGGGAUGGGCUGCUGAUAACGUGGAAUCUCAAGGGAGUGGAAGAAACUCGGUUCUUGGCUCACCCAAGUCAGACCAACCACUGCACUGGCUUCAGGGAUCCAUGGCAGAAAGACUUUGUAUUGGCUGCAGCCGGUGCUGAUGGCACUGUGAAAAUUUGGAGGCCUUUGACGAUGGAGCAACCCCAAGUCCUGUUUGGACACUCUGCUUCUGUCUGUGCGGCUGCUGCCACCUCAUCGUCUUUCGUGACGAUCUCCAAAGACAAGACAGCCCGUAUAUGGGCAGUUCCUAAGGAUGACACCGGUGAUACUGAAAAUCCGCCGCCCCACCAGGGCGCUGUCACAGCCGUGGCUUGGUCGCCAGAUGGGAAUUUGGCUGCUUCCGGUGGGGAACGUGGUGACCUGAUUGUCUGGCGAGGAGGAGAUCCUCUGGGGACAGCAAAGGUUGGCCACCAGUGCAUCAGUGCCCUCACCUUCCUUUCUUCACAUACAAUCCUUGUGGCUUGUGAUGGGAUCAGCCUUUGGGACAUAAGUGACAGCACACAGAACGUCAGAGCAGUUAGUUUGACUUGUAGGAAAACCUUGUGGCGAACCAAAGGAAACUCUGUGCUCUGCAUGGGGACAAUCUGGCCUCUGGGCCUUUCAGUCUGUGGGCUGAGUAAUGCAAGUUUGCUGAUGCUUCAGCCUGGAGCUGACAGUUUCCAGGAAGUCAGCUAUAUGUCUAAAAAUUGGUAUGAUGAUUGUGUCUUCUUUGAUACGUGCCCAUCUGAUGAGGAGGAGAAGGUCUUGCAUGUCUGGCACUCCAUGGAGAAACCGGGCUUGCUGAAAUUGAAAGCGAGCGAGACUGGGAAAAUCAGGAUGAUGAAGCCAGUCAAGUGGACACCGAACAAGCCUUCUGGCUACGUCACAGUGGCCAGGCUGGUAAAAGACAAAUUGCUAUAUGGCGACUCAGAAGGAUUUCUCUGGAGUCAGACUCUGCAAAUUGAGGAGGAGGAGGAAGAGGAGGAGGAAGAGGAGGAAGAGGAGGAAGAGGAGGAAGUGGAAGAGGCGGAAGUGGAAGAGGCGGAGGAGGAAGUGGAAGAGGAGGAAGUGUCUGAGGCCUGGCAAAGGAGGAAGAUCCACAGUGACAAAAUUACAGCUUUGCAUCUGGUGGGAGACAGGAUUGUAACUGCCUCACACGACCAGGACGUGAAGAUUUGGGAUGGCAGCACGAUGAAACUUGUGGGCCAAUUCCGAUGCCGGGCCCCCGUUUCCCGUCUCCAGCCCUGUCCUCGCACGGACUCGUCUGUCCUCUUAGUGGUGGGUGACACUCUGGGCACUGUUUAUUUCCUGGAUUGGGGCUGCCUUUGUGAGUAAGGAGCCGCUGAACCUUUCUGAACGCCACUUCAGUCUCUUUUGACCUGUUCAGCAAAUCACAGGUGCUGAGGUGAUCCUUUUGUUUCUUGUGACCUGAAGCUGGUACCAAUGUUGCAGCUGAUGGUAGCUUAAUAGCCACAAGGCUUAGGUUGAGCCUUACAAUCAGCGGAGAAAUAAAAAUUCAAAACUCCACUUGAUCAUAGCGGAGCCUGGAUUGAAUACUUGUAAUUGUAGUAAGUGGAAAAGGAAUGUUUAAAUUCCACAUAAAUUUAAUUUGCUCUACGUAGUGAGUCUCCUUUGAUCUGUUUUUACAUAUGUAUGUUUCCCCCCGCCCCAUCUCUCAGUCCAAGCCACCAUAUACUCUCCAAACAUGAUGCUGAAUAUUUGUGGAAGCCUUAAGAGCAUCCUAAUCCUGUGUGGUUACGUAUUACUUGUCAGAGCCAGCCCAAGAACUAUGUCAAGUCAGUGUAAUCCAAUCUCCAGUUCUUUAUUGCUUUCACCAUACAGAAAGAAUCUUGCCAGACUAAAGCUACUCUGACCUCAGGGUAAAAAACCUGGGAGAGUCUAGGGCAGAGCUACCUUGAACCUCUUAACUUUCCCAGCAACAGUCUCUGGACUGUGAAUCCUUAACUGCCUGGAAUGCGCUCCCUCCUUCCUGGGAAUCAGUGUCAGCGCUGAAAUCCACAAUUACAGAGGAAACAAAUAAAUACUAUGAGUGAGACUAUUCAGGCCUAGUUAAGGCAGACCUGGAAUUCAGAUUUGCUCAUGGUCACCUUAGUGGACUUUUUUUAGAGCUACAAAAAUCAGACAACCUAGACUUUCAUCCCUCUUAAUAGCCACUGAGGAGUUGCUCAGAUUUUUUCUGCUCAGAUCCAGAAACUCUAAAUUAAGAGUCUUACUUGGCCUUUUUUUAGACCUAGCUUGCCUGUGUGGCUUCUGAUGACACUUCCAUGUUCUUCUCAUUCUGUAGGUAUCCUUUGAAGGAAGGAUGGGGUUCAAAUGGACUAUAAGUAACACAUCUAGUAUUUGGGUUCUUCCUCCCUCCCUCCCUUCCCCCCCCAGCUGAAAGAUAGUCACAGCUAAGAGUAAUUUUGAGAUGCACUAACCAUUCUGUGCAUGAACAGAACAGCUGGUUUGGGAUGAUCUGUGCCCAGAAUGAAAGGGGUCUUGGCUGGUUUGGGCAGAAGUGAUCAGGUUGAGAGACAGGAGAAAGCCAAGUACGUCAGCAGUGGGGAGGAAGGGAGGGAAGACUCUUGAGUCUGGUGGCCUAUGCUCCUUUUGGAUUUUGUUUCAUCCAGAACCCUGAAAGUCCAAAGCAUUCUGGGAUUAUGUUCUGCAGAACUGAGGCUAAUCUAAAAUGGUUUGGCAAUUCCUCCUGAAUGAUCGAAACAUUUUGUGCACCUCCACAGUGGAUACUUGGUCUACUAGAGAAGGGGGGAUUAAAAUAUACAAAUAUACUAAUUAUACCAAUUAAAAGAUACAAAAUAAA